AACAACAGGAACGACGGUUGUCAUCCAUUUGCUGGUGGCAUAACGAAUCUUCUACUAAACUACUUAAACUAAUCGAAAAGGGAAAAUAAUACGACAAUCGACGUUACACAACCAGCAAACCAUUUUCAAACCCACACAUUGCGAACGAAUUCAAAGUGUUUUUGGUGUAUCCCGGAAUUUGGGAAUUUUCAAAUUAAUACACAUUCUGUGAGGAGUUCAGUGCGAGCAAAAUGGUGUACAACUUCAAAGUCUUCAAGAAGUGCGCCCCGAAUGGCAAAGUCACGUUGUAUAUGGGCAAGCGUGACUUCGUAGAUCACGUUUCCGGUGUCGAACCGAUUGACGGCAUCGUCGUUCUGGACGAUGAGUACAUCCGGGACAAUCGCAAGAUCUACGGUCAAGUGGUUUGCAGCUUCCGUUAUGGUCGCGAGGAGGAUGAGGUGAUGGGAUUAAACUUCCAAAAGGAGCUAUUCUUAGCAUCGGAACAGAUCUACCCACGUCCGGAAAAAUCGGACAAGGAGCAGACUAAGCUGCAGGAGCGUUUGUUGAAGAAGCUCGGCCCAAAUGCCGUACCCUUCACGUUCAACAUCUCGACCAAUGCUCCCUCGUCGGUCACGCUUCAGCAGGGUGAGGAUGAUAAUGGCGAACCGUGCGGUGUUUCGUACUACGUCAAGAUCUUUGCCGGCGACUCGGAAACCGAUCGUACGCACCGUCGCAGCACGGUUACGCUCGGUAUCCGUAAGAUCCAGUUCGCUCCGACCAAGCAGGGCCAGCAGCCGUGCACUGUCGUGCGCAAGGAUUUCAUGCUCAGCCCUGGAGAGUUGGAACUGGAGGUGACUCUCGACAAGCAGCUGUACUUGCAUGGUGAACGAAUAGGAGUCAACAUCUGCAUCCGUAACAAUUCCAACAAAAUGGUUAAGAAGAUCAAGGCAAUGGUGCAGCAAGGAGUCGACGUGGUGCUGUUCCAGAACGGCAGCUACCGUAACACGGUCGCUUCGCUCGAAACCAGCGAGGGAUGCCCCAUUCAGCCCGGUUCCAGUCUGCAGAAGGUGAUGUACCUAACGCCGCUAUUGUCCUCCAACAAGCAGCGACGUGGCGUUGCCCUUGAUGGGCAGAUCAAGCGCCAGGAACAGUGUCUGGCUUCGACUACUCUACUAGCUCAACCGGAUCAACGCGAUGCUUUCGGAAUCAUUGUUUCCUAUGCCGUGAAGGUAAAGCUAUUCCUUGGCGCCCUAGGAGGAGAGCUGUCUGCUGAGUUGCCAUUCGUGCUGAUGCAUCCGAAGCCAGGGACCAAGGCCAAGGUGAUCCAUGCUGACAGCCAGGCUGACGUUGAAACUUUCCGACAGGACACCGUCGAUCAGCAGGCGUCGGUGGAUUUCGAUUAAACGAAUAGCAACCCGAUGGACCCGCCCCCGUCUGCUGCGUUGACAAUGACGAUGCUCAUCAAAAAGGCCCCACAGUAUGGACAUUCACACAUCCCUUCCUAAGAACGCAAACAACCAACGAACGAGUGAUCUUGCUAACCGUGUCCCAUCAGGCUUUCAUCAACAGUCUCGCGUCCAACGAUCGAUGGUGACGCAAAUGGCAAUAUACGAAAUUAUAAACCGAAGACACGACUCCGGUGAAGUGAAGUAAGGGGAAAGGGAAAAGCGAAAGGACCAGCUGCAGCAGUGAAUGCUUGCGGAACUCCACCAAUGCACCAAUGCAAUGUAUGGAUUUUCCUCAUCGGCGAACAUUGUUUUCUGCGAACGAAACGAUUGGCAUUUCUUUUUUUCAUUUUGCUGCGAGCCUCCACAAUGUGUUACAGGCUCUAGAUGUUGGCGCAGUAUAUUGUAUUCGAAUGCUGCUACUGAAAAGUAAAUUUUGUACACACCGAACAACGAAAACCCUCUUGGAAUAAAAACAUGAUUUAAUAAUAUUGGCUAAAUUCAA